CGAACCUUCACCUCCGUUCCUACCACCUCCUCCCUUCUCACGACCCUCUCCCCGGGUCGUGGACCACGCCUCGCCACUCUCACCCGACAUAUUGCAAGAACCCGUCCCUAAGAAAAUCAAAGUCCCCCAGCUCGGACUCUAUGACGGGAGCUCAGAUCCGGACUCCCACAUUGGUCUCUACACCUCGUGGAUGGUCCUGCACGGCGCCACUGACGCUUUGCGCUGUCGCAUGUUCUCAUUGACACUGGGGCCCAAGGCGCAGAGGUGGUAUCAUUCUCUGUAUCCCCACUCCAUCUCCACGUGGGGAGAACUCAGGGCGGCGUUCCGAUCACACUUCAUCGGAUCGCAGAUCAACCUCGCCCCCAAGGAAUCCAUCGCCAACAUCGUCCAAGGCGAGGACGAAAGCUUGAAGGAUUACAUAACUAGAUUCAACGAUCGAGUCCAAAACAUGGAACAAUGUCAUCCAGAGGCGCUGCUGAUCUCGGCACAGGCCGUCCUGAAGCCGAAGACUUUGUUCAAGUGGUCCCUUUGCCAAAAUAAGUCGACCACAUACCAAGAAUUCCUUGUCCGCGCCCAAAAUUAUAUCAUGGCCGAAGAAUCCUCGUCCAUCCCUGUGCUCGACGCCGCGUCAAGCAAUGGAAAGGCGAAAGAUGAAAAGUUAGGAAAAUCGGGCAAAUCAUUUGCUGAGAUCCGAGCCAUGAGGAGGCAGAAAGCGGAGGAGCUCAAGGAGACCUAUGAAGGUGUCUUUUCGGUAGGUGUCGCGGCCGUCUACGAGGAAAUCAAGACCAAAGGGUUUCUACCAGACCCAAAGCCGAUGUUUACCGAUAAGGAGAAGGUGGACAAAUCCCGUUACUGCACCUACCACAAGGCUCACGGGCACAACACCGACCACUCGGACUCUAUGAUGGGAGCUCAGAUCCGGACUCCCACAUUGGCCUCUACACCUAGUGGAUGGACCUGCACAGCGCCACUGACGCUUGCGCUGUCGCACGUUCUCGUUGACACUGCGGCCCAAGGCGCAGAGGUGGUAUCAUUCUCUGUAUCCCCACUCCAUCUCCACGUGGGGGCAACUCAGGGCGGCGUUCCGAUCACACUUCAUCGGAUCGCAGAUCAACCUCGCCCCCAAGGAAUCCAUCGCCAACAUC